AUGCCAAAUAUUGAACGACAAAAUGAACUUUAUUCAAAUUGGAAAAAAGAUAAUCCAUCAACAUCAUUAUCAUCAUCAGUAACACAAAAUAAAAACAAUUGGACACAGAAAAAUUUUGACGAAAAAAAUAUUCAUACAUGUCAUAUUUGUCAACAAAUUAUGUUUGAAUCUGAUGCUGAUGAACAUAAUUCUUAUCAUACAGAAUUCAAUACACAAUUUCCUUCAUUACCUACAGCUGCUGUUCCGAUCGGUCGAGGAAAAGGAAAGAAAAAGA